AUGACACUUGCUUCUUGGAUGGACGAAAGCCAAACGUUUUCACCAGACGCUAAGAUGGCAAAGCAUACACCGUUUUUUGAACCCAUAAUAAAUACAUUCAAUGACGGGGGAUACAACCCUAGUGUUUCAUAUCAUUAUAAUCCUAAUGUUGCAUCAUAUCAUUACGGUGUACGACAUCCGAUGAAACCAUUCAGGUUGAUGUUAACUGAUCAUUUGGUCAGUGGUUACAAACUUCAUGAACAAAUGGACUUAUAUGAAACUAGACGAGCUACAAAGGAAGAACUUUUGAGUUUUCAUUCGGCUGAUUAUAUCGAUUUUUUAAAAAGGAUAACACCUGAAAAUAGUGCUAAGUUUGCUAAUGAUUUGAAAAAAUUUAACAUAGGUGAUGACUGUCCGGUUUUUGACGGCAUCUAUGAUUACUGUCAAUAUUACGCAGGCGCAUCAUUGGAUGCAUCAAGAAAGUUAAUAUCCGGGAUGAGUGAUAUUGCAAUCAAUUGGUCAGGUGGAUUACAUCAUGCUAAAAAAGAUGAACCAAGUGGGUUUUGUUAUGUCAAUGAUAUUGUUAUGGCAAUUCUAAACUUGCUAAGAGUGCAUCCCAGAGUUUUGUAUAUUGACAUUGACUUACAUCACGGCGAUGGUGUUCAAGAAGCAUUCUACCUUACCGAUCGUGUUAUGACAGUUUCUUUCCACAAAUAUGAUGGUGCGUUUUUUCCAGGGACGGGUAAUUAUGAAGAGGUUGGGGUCGGGAAAGGUAAACAUUUUGCGUUGAACGUUCCAUUGCAAGAUGGGAUAGAUGAUGAAUCCUAUAUAAGAUUGUUCAAAUCAAUCAUGGAGCCUGUUAUAACAAAGUUUAGACCUACAGCCAUCAUCCAACAGUGUGGUGCCGAUUCGCUAGGAGGUGAUCGAUUGGGUGUCUUUAACUUAAACAUCAGAGCACAUGGUGAAUGUGUGAAAUUUAUUAAAAGUUUUGGAAUACCGAUGCUAUGUGUUGGGGGUGGUGGUUACACGCCAAGAAACGUGAGUCGAUUAUGGUGCUACGAGACUAGUGUAAUGACUAAUGUUGAGUUGAAUUCGAAAUUGCCGGAGACACCGUAUAAAUCAUGGUUUGAACCUGAUUAUUCCUUGCAUCCUAAACUUGGUGAUAGAUUUGAAAACAAAAACUCCAAAAAAUACUUGGAAGAUUUAAGGAUUCAGCUAUUAGAAAAUCUUAGAUAUCUCAACCAAGCUCCUUCGGUGCAAAUGCAAGAAAUACCACCAGAUAUACAGAACAUUACUGAUGAUGAUGAAGCAAAAAUCGUUGAACGUUUGAAGCGUGAGAGCAAGAUUGACAAGUAUAGAGAUGAAGAGAGAUACUACAUCAACAAGAAGGAUGAAAGUAGGAGAGGAGAACUUCUAGAUUAG